GGGUGGGGGUGUUCUCUCUCACCUUGGACUUGCCCGUGCCUGUCGAGCCGACGACGGCGAUGAGGGGCUUCAUGACGAAUGAUCGGGGAAGAAUGGGCAUGGGAUUGGAUCUGCCAUCUGGAUCGAUCCAGACGGAUGCGGAGGAGAAGCGGGAAAAGAACGGAUGGAGUGCGCAGUUUAUGCCUGACUAACACUUCGUAUCUCCCCGCCCGCGACUGACUGACUGACCAGCUCCGGAUUCCCUUUGCAUUUUCCUGGUCAGUUUACUUCUUCUAAUGGCCGAUCACAGUGACCCCUCGCCCUCAAUUGAGGUCAAGAACCUCUCGUUCAAGUUCCCCGGCGGCGCGCCCGGCUUGACCGAUGUCAACCUCCAAGUUCCUGCAGGCAGUCGCACUCUACUCAUCGGAGCCAAUGGCGCGGGCAAGACCACUCUUCUACGCCUCCUGGCAGGCAAACGCCUAGCCCCCGCCGACACCAUCGCCGUAGCCAGCAAAGACCCCUUCAAGGACGGCCUGGAAGGCGUCACCUACCUGGGCAUGGAGUGGGUGCUCAAUGGCAUCGUCCGCACGGACAUCGACGUGCCAACCCUCCUCGCUUCCGUCGGCGGCAACGCCUACCCGGACCGUCGCGAUGAGCUCGUCCACAUCCUGGACAUCGAUCUCGAGUGGCGCAUGCACGCCGUGUCCGACGGCGAGCGUCGCCGCGUGCAGCUAGCCAUGGGCCUCCUACGCCCCUGGCAAGUCCUCCUGCUCGACGAGAUCACCGUCGAUCUGGAUCUGCUGUCCCGCGCCAACUUCCUGGCCUUCCUCAAGCGCGAGACCGAGUCCAGACCCUGCACCAUCGUCUAUGCCACCCAUAUCCUGGAUAACCUAUCCCUGUGGCCAACCCACCUCGUCCAUAUGCAUCUGGGCUCGGUCAGACAAUGGGGCCCCAUCGAGAAGUUCCGCGAUGAGGUCAAGGAGUCCUCCCAGAAUAGCCAGCUCGGUGAGCUUGUGCUUAAAUGGCUCCAGGAAGACUUGGGGCACAGGGGUCCCCGGAAUGGGUACACCAGUCAGGCUAAGACAUACCCGUCCCUUGAAGGUCUGGGUGGCUAUGGGCUGGAGAAGCGAACCUAAUGUGCAAUGCAUAUAUAUGGUUCUGAGCCAUCUGGUUUCCUUUUGCCUUGUAACAUCAUCGGUUCAACCAAUAUCACUGGAUAUGCAUAGCAAGCAGGGGUUUACGGCGUCGUUGAACCUUUUUUUUUCCCUUUACAUCUUUCCUACAUUUUCUAGACGAGGCGGAUACAUUCAACACCCCAAGAGUCAUUUUUCAACAUUUGUCAUGAUCCCAACCGAUUAUAUAC